GCCGUUCUUUUUGCAGUCAUUUAAAUAGUUCGCAAUUGUAAAUUUGGUCGAAAAAAUUACGUUUUUUAUAGUGUUAAUAAAGAGAAAAUUGAAAAGAUGUGCGCUGACUCUUUAAUAAAAAUCAAUGUAUCGUCAUUGCUAAACACCAAGUCAAAGGAAAAAACCCGAAUUUUUAGUGUUUCAAAGUAUGCUGCAAGCACUCUAAGCCGAUUCUCAGAAUUUUAUGACGAAGCCAAAUUUGCCGAUUUUGUACUAACCGCCAGUGACCACAGAAAAUUCUACGUGCAUUCAAUUGUCCUAGCUGCUGCAAGCGACUAUUUCAACAGUCUUCUUUCGAAUCAUCAGAAAGACUAUUCAUUUGAUUCGCUUGAUUUCGCGUCAUUAGAACGAAUUAUACGAUUUUGUUAUACGGGAGAAAUAGAGUUAUCUUCGGAGAACAUUGAAAAAAUGGCGAAUGCCUCGCAUGAGCUACGAAUCCCACAUUUGAAGGCAGUUUGUAGCCAGUUCAUAGAGAAAACAGCAGAUGCUACGAAUUGCUUGCAAUACGCGUUAAUCGCUGAUAGAUGUGGACUGAGAUUGUCCAAGGAAUUGGCGGAACAAUUUCUCGCCGUGAAUUGCGCGAAUAUUUCAAAGGAUAUGUCACCAAGGAAUGCAGUUCAUGUGAACGAUGUUGCUACAAAUCUGUCGAACAAUGAAAGCAAAAUUUUUGAAAAUGUUAUGAAGUCGGUGGAAUCCAUAAGCGGUGCAGAUAGUACACUGUUGCUAAACGCAUACCAAGCCAUUUAUCGGUCAUUUUUUAUUGCCGGUUACAUGCAAUCGUUCAUCAGUACCGCAGAAAAGUCACCGGUUUACAGUCGUCAGGAUACAUUCAAUGUCAGUAAAACGCCCAUGCUGCUGGACAGCAUGAACAGUGAAAGCAGCAACGACGAAGGUCUCUUUAUAAUUGCAAAGAGUAAGUGCGAAGGAAUGGAGAUCUAUGCUAUUUCCGAUUUCAAUCGAUCGCUUCGAAUCAUGCCAAAAUAUCACAUCGACACGGAUAAAAUCAACAUUGAACUAGUCAGAGUAUUUCCAGUGAGGGAUCGAAUUUUUUUCAGUUACAUAAAAGAUCAAAAAUUAUUGAUAAAAUCGUGGACAUUCAAACGGCAAACCAUGGUCGAUGUAACACUUCCGCCAACAGUGCAAUAUCUUAAGCCACGGCUGACAAAUGCGGUCGGUGGAUCGUUCUACGUGUCGGAAGAGAAAUAUGUGGCCUGGCCGUACGAAGGAUACAAAACGAUAGUUUGUAAAUUCGGACUCGAUUCGGAAUGUUACAAAUGCAUCGAAGUGAAUUGUGGCGGAAUGAAGGAAAUUAUUGGCAGUGGCGAUGAAAUAUUUGUGAUUAACCAGAAAUCUGAGGUCUCCAGCUUCAAUUUGAUCGGCGGUAAACGUAUUGCAAGAGGGACACUCACAUACAACGGUAUUAUCAAGGCAGUUAUUUACCAUGGUAACAUCUAUGUGGGAAACUACAUUCGAUCGAAAUGCACUCUGUUUGUGGAGCAAUUCAAAAAGAAGUCCAACCAAUGGAUCACGAUUGCUUCAUUUUGCACAUAUUCCGAUGCAUCCAACUAUCACAUCGGAGCUACAGAGAAUUAUCUGUACAUAUUUCAUAGUAAAGGCAAAGUGCAACGAUACAACGAUGUUUCCGGUCAGUGGACAGCCGUGGAUUUACCGGAUAAUUUCAAUCAAACGGUAUUGUGUGUUUCAACCAGUCCAUUUACCUGCUUUCCAAACCACAAAUUUUAAACGAAUCAUGUGAUAAAAUCGAAAAAUGAAAUAAAUUUGUGAUAAAAUCU